AUGUUUCAGACAUUUAAAGAAUGGUUUUGGUUGGAAAGAUUCUGGCUUCCUCCAACAAUAAAAUGGUCAGAUCUUGAAGAUCACGAUGGACUCGUCUUUGUAAAGCCCUCUCAUUUAUAUAUGACAAUUCCAUAUGCUCUGGGCUUGCUGAUUAUCAGACAUUUCUUUGAAAAGUUUAUUGCUGCACCUCUAGCAAAAGCAUUUGGCAUUAAAGAAGGCGGUCGAAAGAAGAUUCCACCAAAUGCCAUAUUAGAAAAUUUUAUCAAACAUUCCACAAGGAAACCAUCUCGAGCCGAUAUUUACGGACUGGCAAAGAAGUCUAACUUGACAGAGCGCCAGGUUGAAAGAUGGUUGAGGAGUUGGUGGAAUCAAGACAGGCCUUGCAGGAUGAAGAAAUUCCAGGAAGCUAGCUGGCGGUUUGCAUUUUACUUAAUGAUGACCAUUGCUGGAAUUGCCUUUCUUUAUGAUAAACCCUGGGUGUAUGACCUGUGGGAGGUCUGGAAUGGCUACCCCAGGCAGCCCCUGCUGGUCUCGCAGUACUGGUACUACAUUUUGGAGAUGAGUUUUUAUUGGUCUCUCUUAUUUCGCCUUGGCUCAGACGUCAAGAGGAAGGAUUUUCUAGCUAAUGUCAUCCACCACCUGGCUGCUAUUAGUCUGAUGAGCUUUUCUUGGUGCGCUAAUUAUAUUCGCAGUGGGACUCUGGUGAUGAUCGUGCACGAUGUGGCUGACAUUUGGCUGGAGUCGGCUAAGAUGUUCUCUUACGCGGGAUGGCAGCAAACCUGUAACAUCCUGUUUUUCAUCUUCUCCGUCAUAUUUUUCAUCAGCCGCUUCAUCAUCUUUCCCUUCUGGAUUCUGUACUGCACUCUGAUCAUGCCGCUGCACUACCUUGAGCCUUUCUUUUCCUACAUCUUCCUCAACCUACAGCUCAUGAUCCUGCAAGUCCUUCACCUCUACUGGGGAUAUUUAAUCCUGAAGAUGCUCAAAAGAUGUAUAUUCACAAAGAACUUACAGGACGUGAGGAGUGACGAUGAGGACGAGGAUGAGGAUGACGACGACGAUGACGACGAGGAAGAGGAGGAAGAGAAGGGAGAAGCUGGCAAAGACAAAGACUGUGUGAACAACGGCCUGGGGGCCAACAGGCACCUCAUUCCCAAUGGGCAGCAUGGCCGCUAGCGGGAGUCAUGCUAUUCCCAGGGCUCAGAGCACGGCACGGGCCGCUGGAAGCCGGGGACGCCCCUCCCCCUCCUGUGGCCGCCGGACCCACCAGAACCUAGAUUCUGUUGGUUCCUCUUUCUAACCACAUUCCCUGUCCCCAAUAUGUAUUUAACAAAAUGU